UUUUUUUUUUUUUUCUUUCUCACAAUUUGAAAGCCGUGGGAAGGUGGAAGAUAGCCACAAUGCAAAAGUCACACAAAAACUGGGGCGGGGCAAAGGAACCACAGUUACGCAAGAGAAUUUGUUUAAAAAGUUUCUCGGCUCAGAGUUUGCAAGACUGGGCGCAUUUUCCUCAGUCGGCGGGAGACUAGGAGAUUCCCCUGGAGAAGGACGUUUUCAAACAUCUGUUGAUUCUGGAAAAUGGGCACUAUGGAGUUAUUCUCACCAAUAGCAAUCGCCGUUCUGGGAAGCUGUGUUCUUUUCUUAUUCUCUCGGUUGAAGAAUUUGCUUGGACCCCCGUGCAUCCAGGGCUGGAUUCCCUGGAUUGGAUCUGGACUUGAGUUUGGGAAAGCCCCUCUUGAAUUUAUAGAAAAAGCAAGAAUCAAGUAUGGACCAGUAUUUACCAUCUUUGCUAUGGGAAACCGAAUGACCUUUGUUACUGAAGAAGAAGGAAUCAAUGUGCUUCUAAAAUCUGAACAUGUAGAUUUUGAAUCAGCAGUACAAAGUCCUGUCUAUCACACAGCAUGGAUUCCAAAGAAUGUCUUCUCUGCACUGCAUGAGAGACUGUAUGCCUUGAUGAAAGGGAAGAUGGGAACUUUCAACACACAUCACUUUACUGGGCCGCUAACUGAAGAACUUCAUGAUCAACUGGAAGGUUUAGGCACUCAUGGAACAAUGGACCUGACUGACUUUGUAAGGUAUCUACUUUAUCCAGCCACACUCAGUACUCUCUUUAAGAAAGGGUUGUUUCUCACAGACAAGAGGACAAUCAAGGAAUUCUACCAGCAUUUUAAAACCUAUGAUGAGGGCUUUGAGUAUGGCUCCCAGCUGCCUGAAUGGCUUCUGAGAAACUGGUCAAAAUCCAAAAGAUGGCUCCUGGCGCUGUUUGAGAAAAAUAUUGGCAACAUAAAAGCUCACAGAUCUGCAGGUCAUUCUGGAACCCUCUUGCAGGCCAUAUUGGAAGUGGUGGAGACGGAAACACUUCAAUACAGUCCAAAUUAUGGACUGGUCCUACUUUGGGCUGCUCUGGCCAAUGCUCCUCCUAUUGCAUUCUGGACACUUGGAUAUAUCCUGUCUCAUCCCGAUAUCCACAGGACUAUUUUAGAAAGCAUAUCUUCUGUGUUUGGCACUGCAGGUAAAGACAAGAUUAAAGUGUCUGAAGAUGACCUGAAGAAGCUUCUAAUAAUUAAGUGGUGUAUUCUGGAAUCCAUCCGCUUGAGAGCCCCUGGUGUCAUUACUAGGAAGGUAGUGAAGCCAGUUAAAAUUUUGAAUCACACAGUUCCUUCUGGUGAUCUGCUGAUGUUGUCUCCAUUCUGGCUACACAGAAAUCCGAAAUAUUUUCCUGAACCUGAGUCAUUCAAACCUGAACGCUGGAAAGAGGCAAAUUUAGAUAAGUACAUUUUCUUGGACUACUUCAUGGCAUUUGGAGGCGGGAAGUUCCAGUGUCCUGGAAGGUGGUUUGCUCUCUUAGAGGUCCAACUAUGCAUUAUCUUAGUGCUGUAUAAGUACGAAUGCAGUCUUCUGGACCCAUUACCAAAGCAGAGUUCUCGUCAUUUGGUGGGUGUCCCCCAGCCUGCAGGGAAAUGCUGGAUUGAAUAUAAAGAAAGAGCUUGACUUUCAUUGGGACUCAAGAGAUUCAGAACCUUCUAGAGGAGUGAAGCUACGUGCCUAGCUACUAUCCUCCCAGCACCUCGACCUAAAGACAUCCUACUGACUCAAGGAUUUCAAAUCUGAGGACAGUGCACCAGAUUUCAGUGUCAGAAACAUAGACACCCCAAUUCAAGGUUUACAGAAAGGGUUCAGAUGAUUUCAAAAAAGUUGAUAAAACGUUGGAAUUUGGCUUCAUACAUAGCCAUAUCAAAACUUCAAGGAGAAAUGUCACUUUCAUAGAAGUAUUUGUAUGUUAAAUUCACUGUGAAGGCAACAUACAUAAAAAAAUUCUCUUUUGCAAAAGAACUACAGUGGAGGACACUGAAAAAUUAAAUCAAUUCUAGAUAUUUUAUAUUUUCAAAAUAUGGUACUUAACUAGACCUUGGAAAUCUUAGGCUUAUUGAUGCCAACCACUGCAGACAUGCGUAGUGCUCAGAAAUGUAGAUAAAUAGUGUUUUACGAUAUUGGUGGGGGUGAGUUCCCAUGCCGCGGUCAUUCCUGUACUCUGUUAUGCCCAGGGUAUCUGGGCAUCUUCCUGUUGGGGAUAGCUAAUCAGUGCACACUGACCAAGGUAUUGACUUGUAUGUUAGCAAAGGGGAAGCACUCUUUUGAAUCAAAUGAUCUUUGCUUGUAGUUUGACAAAGAUAACAUUUUUUACUCAUGUGUAAGGACGCACAGUCUCAUUAUUUCCGGCUAUGCCAUGUCUUUGUGGUAUCCCUGGGAGACCUGCUCUUUUCGGAAAUGAAACAUGAACAGUGGAUCUGGAGAAGAGGGAAGGUGGGGAACAGAAACUGGGGUGGGAAUGGAUUGUAUAAGAGAUGAGUAAAUAAAUCAAUGAAUAAAA